AGCUACAGAAAAAGGGCGGAGCCUCCAAACACUCUCUUGGCAACCGGAUCUGGCCGCCAAACCGCCAAAGCUUGUGGCGCGAUGUCCUCUGGGAACUGUAGUAUAGUUGGAAGGGCCUUUUAGGAAUCUCGUGACUGCAGGCCCGCAGCCUGCGGACUACAACUCCCGACGUCCAGCGUGAGGGCCACUGGGUGGGAAGGGCCCCCCGCGAGCUCCGUCCGGGGUUCCAUGCUCCCCAAUGACAGCAGCGGCUGGAAGCAGGCGGGUACUUCUCCGGCGCCAAGGCCUCCUGUUCUCCGAAGGGCGACACUGGACACUUUCCCACGUGACUCCCAUCUCUGGGCCCCGGCUCUGUGCAUGGCGAAGUCCCCGGAGAACUCUACCCUGGAGGAGAUUCUGGGGCAGUAUCAACGGAGUCUCCGGGAACGUGCGAAUAGAAGCAUUCACCAACUGCAGUGUGCGCUGAGAGACGGUGAUGUCAGUGUUGGAGAAGGUGCCCUGGAUGCCAUGUGUGGUAAUGGUGUGGAAAAUGAGGACCCUGGGAUGGCUUGGCAUGAACUGCAACACAGCCAUGCCGUCAAUCAACUCAAAGCUUUGUUGCGCCAACAGGCAACUAAGGAAAGUGAGGUGUCUCCAUCAAGAAGACGAAAUGUGUCGCCUCUGAGGUCAUCAGAGUAUGAGGAAGCCAGUAUCCCUACUGUAUACAAUCUCGUUCCUAUCAUCAAUGACCAGUCUCAAUACAUUCAUCAUUUAGAGGCAGAAGUCAAGUUCUGCAAGGAGGAACUCUCUGGAAUGAAAAAUAGGGUACAAGUAGUUGUGCUUGAAAAUGAAAGGCUCCAGCAAGAGCUGAAAUCUCAGAGACAGGAGGAAGCAAUGAGGGAACAAACACUUCUGGAUGCAUCUGAGAGGCUAAAACUUACUUAUGAAGAAAAGGGUGAGAUCCUGGAAUCUCAAUUGAAGUUUUUGAGGAAAGACCUAGCUGAAUAUCAGAAAAAUUGUGAAGAUCUUAAGGAGCGACUGAAGCAUAAAGAGUCUCUUCUCGCUGCUAAUAUGUCUAACUGUGUUGGUGGCCUUUGUUUGAAAUGUGCUCAGCACGAAGCUGUUCUCUCCCAAACCCAUAAUAAUGUUCACAUGCAGACCAUUGAAAGACUGACUAAGGAAAGGGAUGACUUAAUGUCUGCGCUGGUCUCCGUCAGGAGCAGCUUGACAGAUGGGCAGCGAAGAGAAGCCAGUGCUUAUGAGCAGGUGAAACAGGCUCUGCAGAUGACCGAGGAGGCCAACUUCGAGAAAACCAAGGCUUUAAUCCAGUGUGAGCAGUUGAAGAAUCAACUGGAGAGACAGACAGAGCGACUUGAAAAAGAACUCGCAUCUCAGCAAGAGAAAAGGGCCCUUGAGAAACAGACGAUGAGAAAGGAAAUAACAAAAGAAAGGGAAGACGUGGGAUCAAAGAUGUUGUCCCUGUCUCAAAAUAUUGCCCAACUGGAGGCCCAGGUUGAAAAGGUUACAAGAGAGAAGAUUUCAGCUAUUAAUCAACUCGAAGAAGUUCAAAACCAGCUUACUUCCAAGGAAAUGGAUGUCACAAAGGUGUGCGGGGAAAUGCGCUAUCAGUUGAAUAAAACCAAAAUGGAGAAGGAUGAGGCAGAGAAGGAACACAGAGAGUACAGAACCAAAACUAAAAGGGAUCUUGAAAUUAAAGAUGAGGAAAUAGAGAAAUUGAAAUUAGAAGUGAGGGAAAGCAAGCAGCACUUGGAACAGGAACAGCAGAAGGCAGCCCGGGCCAGAGAGGAGUGCCUGAAACUGACAGAGCUGCUGAGCGAAUCCGAGCACCAACUGCACCUCACCAGACUGGAAAAAGAUAGCAUUCAGCAGAGCUUUAGCAAUGAAGCAAAGGCCCAAGCCCUUCAGGCCCAGCAAAGAGAACAGGAGCUGACACAGAAGAUACAGCAAAUGGAGGCCCAGCAUGACAAAACUGAAAAUGAACAGUAUUCAUUGCUGACCUCCCAGAAUACAUUUUUGACAAAGUUAAAGGAAGAGUGCUGUGCAUUAGCCAAGAAACUGGAGCAAAUCUCUAAAAAAAGCAGGCUAAAGCAGCUGGACAAGCACAGCCAGGCCACGGCCCAGCAGCUGGUGCAGCUUCUCAAAAAGCAGAACCAGCUUCUGCUAGAGAGACAGAGCCUGUCAGAAGAGGUGGAAUGUCUGAGAUCCCAGUUACCCAGCAUGCGACAAUCUGAUUGCUGACCUGGACGAAACAGAGUGAAAUAAAUGGUUUACAAAGAGAUAUUUACAUUCAUCUGAUUUGUUCGUGAGAUGCCACAGCACACCACGACCUUCCGGAACAGUGGCCGGCGCCCGGGAUGGCAGCGGGCCGCUCGCUCGGCGCCCCAUCCGCUGCUCGGUGGCACUGUGUGUGGGCGGCUUGCGGCUCAGCUCUGACACCAGAUGAGGAGCCCUCCUGCUAUGUUUCCAGAAAUGGCUUGAAGUGAUGAUGUUUUUAGAUCUACUCAUUUGUAUGCUGUUACACACGACUUUCAAUAAAUGAACUUUUUAAAGACCUGAA